AUGCCAGACAAAGGGGCAGAUGGACCCCUGCAGAGCUUUCUGGCUCGCGGGCCGCGUCCGGACCAUGUUCGCAGGGCGGCGUUGGCGUACGUCUGCACGCAGGUCGGCGCUGGGCUGUUGGCUUUGGGGCCCGCCGUUGCGCAUGCCGGGUGGGUGGGCAUUCCCAUCAUCGUGCUUUGCGCCUGUUGCGCUGCUUACACCUCCUACCUCUUUGGCUGGAUCAUGCUCCACACGCAGGCCGCCCUCGACAGUGGCCGAGCCACCACGACAUCAGACACCGACUCCGAGGGCUCCAGCGAAAGGACCGACAGUGAUGGCAGUGAUGGCAGCAGCAGCGAUGGUCGGGACGAAGAGAUGUUUCCGAGCUAUGAGAACAUCGGGUACCAAGCUAUGGGGAACUUUGGGUAUGUGGUGUCCAAGCUUCUCCAGUGUCUCAUGCUGGUCGGUGUUUCCACGAUCUUCCUCGUCUUGAUCGGGGUAAAUGCCUCACAAGUGGAACGGAUCUUGGGCGUCGACUGGCUCUCCAAGCGGAGUGUGAUCCUGGUAGCCGCGGCGUUUGAGCUGAUCCCAUGCUACUUCAUGGCCACAGUCAAGGAGACCUUCCUGCUCACGGCGCUCGGAUCCCUAUGCUCGGCGAUCUGUGGGGUCGUUGUCGUGGCUGCUGCCUUCACCACAGACCCCUCCAAGCUGGACGGGUGUUUGGACGAUGGGGCAAGAAACAGUUGGCCCUUGAUUACGGAUGUGCAAGGGCUCUGCCUUUGCUGGAACACCGUGGUCUUCGCUUUCGGAGGCAUCAAUGUCCUUCCCAGCCUUUUGGUGGACUUCCACAUCCGCGGCGUCUUAGCCCGGGCGCUGGUGAGCUUCACCUGGCGCUCCUACUCGUUCAUCAUCGUUGUCUACGUUGCCGUGGCAACAGCUGGCUUUGCUGUGGGCGGGGUUGCCAUGGCAAGCCAGAAGGUGGACUCGAACGUUCUCAUCGGGCUGUCUGGCUGUCCAGGCGACGAGGUGAAGUCUGUGAAUUGGAGCCUGCUGGUGGCGUACAGCGUGAUUACUCUGCAUGUGCUGCUCGCUUUUCCAGUGCCCUUCCACUCGGGGACAGAAACCCUGGAGGCCACUCUGGGGACUCGAGCGGGAGCUCUGAAGUCCGGACUCCCUGGCCUAAUGAUGCGGCUGCCACGUCUCCUGUUCCUGGGGUUCUGCACUGCCCUGGCCUAUAGCUUGCCAUUCUUUGGCGCCUUGCUGGAUGUAGUUGCUGCCAUCGCCGGCCAGGGCACCGUGUUCAUACUUCCGGUGCUUUUCUCGGUGGCGAUCCAGCGGCAGCUGGGCUUGCGAGUCCCUUACUAUGAGUGGAUUGUCGACUUCAUCUGCCUUCUGGUGGGGGCGCUUGGGGCCAUUACCGGAGUCUACUACGGGACGAAGGAGCUGGCUGCCCUGCGAUGA